AUGGCCCGUGCUACCUGCAGCACAGCCUCGCCCCAACUCCCCACCGGAUUACCAGGUCCCAUGGACUGUGAGAACGGCACAGGCAUUGAUGAGUUUGUCCUUCUGGGCUUGUCCUCCCAGCCUGAAAAACAGUGUCUUUUUUUCUUCAUCUUUCUGCUGAUGUAUGGGGCAGGACUUCUGGGCAACAUCAUGAUGCUCAUUCUCAUCACCUUGGAUGCCCGACUCCAGACUCCCAUGUACUUCCUGUUGCGUAGCCUCUCCGUGGUGGACGUGGGCUUCAUCUCAGUCACAGUGCCCCAGAUGCUGGCUCACAUCCUCUCCUCUUCCAAGACGAUCCCUUUCUAUUCCUGCAUGGCUCAGUUUUUCUUCUUCUAUGUCUUUGGCGUCACAGACCUUCUCCUGGUGAGCGUCAUGGCUCUGGAUCGCUAUGUCGCCAUUUGUAAUCCUCUCCACUAUACUACAGUCAUGAACCAGAAGGUCUGUGGACACUUGGUGGCUGGCUGUUGGAUCGUUUCUACCCUGCACUCCAUGCUCCAUGCCGGCCUCCUCUUACGUCUUAGUUACCAUGGGGACAACCACCUGGCUCAUUACUUUUGUGACCAUCAGCCUUUGCUGCAGCUGUCCUGUUCAGAUCCCAGCAUCAACGAAGCAGCCAUCUUCUUUGAGGGUGUCGUCGUCAUCCUUGGACCUUUUGUCUUCAUCAUUCUCACCUAUGCCCGCAUUGUGGCCACCGUGAUGAAGUUCUCCUCCUCCAUGAGGCACAAAGCUUUCUCCACCUGUGCCUCCCAUCUCACCAUAGUGGUGCUCUUCUAUGGGGCCAUCAUUGGUGUCUACUUCUUGCCUACAUCUAGCUACUCAUCAGAACGAGGGUCUGUCUUUGCUGUCAUGUACACUGUUAUUGCCCCAAUGUCCAGCCCCUACAUCUACAGCCUCAGAAAUAAAGAUGUGAAAAGGGCUCUCAGACAUCUCUUGGAAAAGGGGGUCUUUUCUAGAUAG